UUGUGCCCUCUAUAUUGCAGUGUGAAAGUACCUGAAAAGCAAACUAAGGUUAGGAUUUGCAGCAAGUUACACAUAAUGAAUGAUCAAAAUAAACAAGAUCACCUCACUGCUCCAACAAUUCUUCCAGUAAAGCGAAGGCGUGGUCGUCCUCGAAAAGAUGGAGGUCUUGCUAAAAGAGUGAUGCUGCAAACUCCAACAACACCAGCAACUGAAAACAGUAAAACUCAACAACAUGCUGAAGUGAGCCAAAAAGAUAGCACUAGUGAAAACAUGCUGGGGCAAAUAAUUUCUGGUGUUAUUGAUGGUUGUUUUGAUGCAGGCUAUUUCCUUUCUAUAAAGAUUGGUAACAGUGCCAACACAUUCCGCGGAUUAGUCUUUGAGCCGGGGCGAUUUUCUCCCAUUACAGCAGCAAAUGACAUUGCCCCACAAGUUAAAAUGUAUCACAGAAGUCAAGUUAUAAAACUUCAAGAUCAAGAUAAUCGUACCGAUAAGCCUAAUCAGCUUGAAAAGCAGUUGAAUGUGUCUCCAGGACAAGAUUUACUUUCUGAGCCAGUGCCAAAUGCUACAUUAGUACGUACUAAUCAACAUGCUAAUCCAGACCAAACACUCAAAACUCAAUCCCAAUAUAUACCUAUAUUGGAAAACCUUAGAAUGGUUGAACAGGAUGAGGUAAUGCAAGUAUUUGAAGUCGCGAAUCAAUCAGAAAGUCCCAAGUUAAAUGCAGAACAAGGUAAAUGUGUAGUUUCAGAAUCCAUAUUGGAACCAAAAGCUGGUGAGGAAACUAUCAAACGGCGUCAGAAUAAACUUACGGACUCAAUAAUUCAGCCUGUUACUCUGGUUUAUGCUAAUCUCAACAGCUCAAACGAAUCGAUUCAGCAUAAUAAUGUUGUCGAUAAGUCUCAGGAAACGGAUGUAGAUCAUCAACAGCAGGUUGAACCUGAAGUGGAGAAGAACAAGUCUAAUCUUGGAAUUUCACCUCAACCAAAAGAGUUGGUUCAGUGUGAACUAAAGAAACUCAACUUCAUUUCUCAAGAACUUACUAUAGUUAAUCCGGAGCUUCAGCCGAAAGAGUUGUCACAAACUGGACAAGGGAAUCAAGAUUUGCAACCCCACCAAAAUCCUCCAUUUUCUGAACUUAACUCUGUUGCCCAAGAAUCACUAGCAGCAGAGAGUAAAGUCCAGUCAAGUGAUCCAAUCCAUAAUGAAGUGAAAAGUUCAUCUUUUGAACUACACUAUGUUGAUGACAUGCCUCAAGCUGUUGAAUCUGUACAAGGGAAACCAAAUCCUGAUCGCAAUCAAGUUCUGGUUACUGAUGACAAUCAAGUUUUGCCUCAAGAAUCAAUCAGUGAAUCGACGGACUUUAUGAUGGAAAAGCAAAGCUUUUCAAAUAUCGCGGAAUUACAGCAAAGUACUCAUAUUGGAACUGAAGUUAAGGCUGUAGGAAAUCAAGAAUCAUCACAUGAAAGGAAGCAAGCAACUGAUCCUAGUGAUGAAGUUGUGUUAGUUUCACAAUGCGCACCACAGCCAGAAGAUGCAGACACUGAAAAAUCUGAUUAUGCAGCAAAUCUUGAAACUCAAACUAAUAGCCAUUCUCGAAACUGAGUAUAAGAACUAGGAAAACAGUUUAUAUGUGACUCUGUAAGCAAAAUAGAGUUUUGCAUGUAAUGUUCCAAUGUUUUGACUUGGUCUCUCUUUUUCUUUUUGUUCUGAAAAAGAGUUAACUGGUAUACUGAAUAUUCCAAUUAUGUUUGAUUUUCAUUCAUCUUUACUUCAGUCUUUGCUGGCUGAACAGAUUUUCACUCAUUCAUGGAUUUGUUUAGC